UUUUCAAAGAUGUCGGUGCUCUUCGCUCUCCUUCUUUGCCAGGUCGGGACGAUUUUUGCAGGAAAGACAGAUGAUCUUGUCCCAUAUCUCAACGCCCUUCAGUUCCGCAAUGGUCCUUCGUUUGUUUACGCCAAUCAGAGUUUUGGCUUGCAGCAGUUCUGUGUGUUAUAUACUGAACCAGAAAACGUUUCUACUAUUCGAUUUGGCUGGGAUACACUGGGACUAAGAAGCUACUUGUUUCAAAACCCUGGCGAUCCAAAAAUACAGCGGUCACCUCCAAUGGGUAUGCGUAGUGCUGUUCCACUAGGAGGCCUGGGAACGGGAUCAUUUGAGCUCCGAGCAGAUGGUUCAAUCCACGAGUGGACGAUCGAGAACCAGACUCCUGCAGGUUCAGCGAAACUGAGUCAGGAGGCCGUGGAUCUAGCCGUUUUUGGUGUCCGCGUGCAGACAGGUACCUCAAGUAAAGCAGCACUGUUGCGUACUCACCCUCCCAAGGGCUAUCCAGGUGUUACUUCCAUGGGUUAUUCUGGCUCAUUCCCAGUCUCCAAGCUCACCGUAAGAGAUGAACAGUUUGGGGACGUUGGUCUGGACCUUUUUGCCUAUUCGGCUUUAAAACCACGUGAUUCCAAGACGUCAGCCACCCCCGCCGUGGCGUUUACAUUUCGCAUCAAUAACCCAACAGAGAAAACUGUCAGUGUUUCAUUAAUGUUUAACUUACCGUUAGGAAUUCAAACAGACACAGCUAGACAAGGGGAGUCAUAUAAAUGUAUACAAAUGUCGACAGUUAAUUCCACUAUUUGCUCUAAGGCUUGUGCCAGUGAUCCUAAAUGCUUCUCAUGGCAAACAGAAACAAAGAACAAAACAUGUUUACUCUUUAAUAAAACUUUCCCUCACUACUGGAAGCCGGGCUUUACUUCUGGUCAAAAGAACACGUGGAAAGCUCAUGACUCAAUGAUGACACUCAAUAGGCCUGGUAACUACCCUCAGAGUGGAAAUACAACCAUUGUGACUGAGAAAUCGCAUAGCCCUUCAUUCAUGGUCAGUGAUAGUUUUGGUCGAAUCUGGAAACAGUUUAGUACACAUGGUUAUCUGCAAUCAACAGCUAAAUCAUUUGAUGGUGGAUUUCAUGGAGCCACGGCUAUUAAUGUUACUGUGGGGCCUGGUGACGAAGAGACACUGACGAUGGUCUUAGGAUGGUAUUAUCCGAACAGAGAUUUCACAGUGGAAAUCGUUGGUAAUUACUACAGUAACAUCUUCAAAUCCAGCGAGGAAGCAGCUUUACUUGUUUCAAGUGACCUAGCUUCGACUCUGCAGUCCAUUUCUUACUGGCACUCGUCAAUGAUGAUUGACACCACCAAUGAAUCGGUCCAGACCCUGCCCGAGUGGUUACAAGAUGUUCUUGUGAAUGGUUUGAGUUUCUGGCGCUCGGGGCUGUAUCUCCAUGAUGGAAGAUGGCGUCAAUUUGAGGCUCUAGACUGCAUUGAUAUUGAUUCCGUCCAUAAUGACUUUCAGCGAGAAAUACCUUACGUUCUUUUUUAUCCCGACUUGGUCAAAAAAGUGAUGCGAGCAUGGGCGAAGUACCAAAGUGAGGACGGUCAUAUUGUGGAAACAUUAGUUAUGGGUUGUUAUUCGCCAACCAGAAAAAUGGACAGCGGGCCUCCAAACCAGCGGAUAAUGGGGGACGUGACAACAGUAUUCAUCAUAGAAACAUACCACAUCUACUUGUGGACCAACGAUAGUCAAUUCUUAAGGGAUUUAUGGCCGCACGUCGUAAAUGCACUUGAUUGGCUGAUUUACAAAGGCACAAACGGUACUGGGUUACCCUAUAAACAGCAGUGCACAUACGAUAUACAGGCUCUAAACCUUUACGAUCACAAUGUGUUCAACAGUUUUAUGUAUGUGCUUUCGCUGCGGGCAGCACAGGAAUUAGGUAGAAUCAUGCAAGACUCGAACGUAUUGAAGGAAGCUACGAUUGCCAUGGAGUUUGCAAAAUAUGUUAUCUCGGAAGAACUUUGGAGUGAAGAAGAUGGUUACUAUCAUGCUUGGUGGGACAAAGAGCUUGGAUCGCCUUCAUGGCUGAUGAGUGAUUCACUAUACGCGCAAGUUUGGGCCUACACUUUAGGUCUUGGACACUUAGAUGAUCCAAGAAGGCUAAAAUUGCAUUUGAACAAGGAACUUGAAAUUAACGACACUCCAUAUGGUCUGCGAGUGAUGUUUACUGGCCACCCCACUAACAAGAGCGUGGGCUCGUGUCCGCAAGACAUCUCACCGAGUGACUUAAACAAACAUGUAGCUAUACGCGAGUCAAUUUGGAUUGGCGGCAGUCCUGACUGGACCACUCUGCAGAUUCACCUAGGUGUUGACCCUCAGGAUGCCUCACUUCAAGCACAGAAAGCUAUAGACCACGUUCGUUCCGAGCUAAACGACCAAUGGGAUUUUCACGGUCUCUAUUCAGGGUCUGGGUACGGUCUUGAUGGUCUCCCAUGGUGCACCUCGCACUACACUUUCCACAUGGUACUGUGGCACAUCCCUUUUGCGAUCUCGGGCCAGUACUUCUCAGCGCCAAAUGCUACACUAACAUUUAGUCCUAAAUUCCUUUGCCCUUACAAAAUUCCGUUUUACACUCCCUUUGCCAUAGGCACUUUGCAAUGCUCUGUCAUAGACAAAGAAGCAAUGAAGUUUGAAAUGUUGUCGACGUCAGGUGAUAUUUUCUUGCAAAAACUUGUGGUCAGCGGAUUUCAGUACCCCAAGUCAGUCAUGUUGAAACAAGGAGAAGAGAUCAUGUGGCUAUCACAGGAUGACAUCUUACUUUAAGAGCACUCCUCAACACUCGUUGGGCUUAUUUCUCAGUUAGCGCCUUUUUUUUUACAUGAGAAUGAUUUUUGUGAAAUUAACUCAAAGGCUUAGAUCCUUUACUUCUAAGUUCAGUCCUUUUUCAAUUUGAAGGUGAUUAAGAAUACUUUCAUGUGACUUUUUUUAAUUUUACCGUAUUUUCCGGAAAUCAUUUUUAAAUCAUUAUUUUGGGUAAAAUAAAUUUUCAUAACAAAUUAUGUUCAGUAGCAUUUUUUUAGCGAUUCUGUCUUUCCAAGAGAACCUGACCAGUCAUUUUCUAUAACGAGAUUCCCUUUACAGAUUUACGACAUAGCACUUACUGGAAUUAACGUGGGAUGAUUUUUUAAAAAAAAAAACUCUUCCAUAAACUAUGGACGAAUAGAGGAAAUGCAGUCAGGCUAUAAAGAAAACGGAUCGUCCUUUAAUUUUGUAACAACAUCAAUCAAUUCACUAUUACCAAUAAAAAAAAGUUUUUAAACAUUAA